AGAGGUCUUAACCAUUCAGACUCUGUAUAAUACUUAACCAUUCAGAGGCAAAUCUCUUAACCAUUCAGACAUCUGAACCAUUAAGAGGCUGAAACAAACAGUCUGAACCAUUAAGUGCUGAACCAUUCAGACAUCUGAACCAUUAAGAGGCUGAAACAAACAGNCCAGAGGUCUAAACCAUUAAGUGCUGAACCAGUAACUUAACUAUUCAGAGGCAAAUGUCUGAUCAAUUCAGAUAAGAGGUCUUAACCAUUCAGACUCUGUAUAAUACUUAACCAUUCAGAGGCAAAUCUCUUAACCAUUCAGACAUCUGAACCAUUAAGAGGCUGAAACAAACAGUCUGAACCAUUAAGUGCUGAACCAUUCAGACAUCUGAACCAUUAAGAGGCUGAAACAAACAGCCCCUAAGUUAAAAUUGAAACUAGAUUAUGUUAUGUGUACCCCAAUGUUUCUACCUCAAUUUGUACUCCGCAGUUUUGCACCAAUAUUUUGUGUUGGUGUAAAACUAAUUUUUGUUAAACGCACCAACAUUUGUGUCCGGAGUCCUCCGAGUCCUCUUAUUCCAAGUAAGUCUCUUUCUUUCUUCCUCCUCGAGUCAUGUCUGACCACGAAGACAGCCAGAACCCUUCCGCUCAUUCUUACGGUUCUGGUGACCGGGCUCAGACCUCUGGUUCCUCCUCUUCUUCAUCCUCUGAUUCUGAGCGCCCGGCUAGUUCUCCACAGAAGAAGCCGGUUGAUGCUUCCACUUGUGCUCCUUCUUCUUCCGUGGCGCAAGUGAUCUCGGUUGCCCAACCUGGGGAUGAGGGCUUCGUUCUGCUGGAUGACCGGUUGCUCCAAAUGCAAUCGUCGGUCAUGCAGAAGGCCCAGGUCCACGAGGUGCGCAACCUGAUGCUGGACGGGUACCAAUUAACUUACCGGGCAACGUGGAAGAGCAUUAUUCCUCUCCACGCCGGUACGUGGAUUGGUAUUCAUUACCACUCAAUCAAGGACCUGGGCGAAUUCUCCAUUCACCCAUUCAAAGUCCUCUUCCUUGAAACAUACGGUAUCAUGCCCGGGAAGCUGGCCCCUAAUGGUCACCGUUUGUUGGGCAGCUUCAUCAAUGUCUACCGGUUCCUUCGUAUUCCUCUUUCCCUUCGUCUCUUUGACCACAUGUUCGAUGUCCGGCCCGGGUCCAAGGAGACCCUUGGAUUCGUGGUGGUGUCUUCUCACCAAGGCCGGGCAUUUCUCUGUGGCCUUCCUCCCUCCAACAAGAGGUGGAAGGACAAAUACGUCUGCAUCAAAUUCCCCCCGGCUGCCAUUCCUUUUGCCCAAAAUGUCUGGGGGAAAAGAAUGCAGCGCCAGGUCAAACCUACAGAGGCCGAUGACCUGGUUGCCUGGGAAACCACUCUCCGGGCCGGGGAUGCCUCCACCCGCGGUCUUUACCAUGUCGGGAAGUGGAGCGUUUACCCCGGCCGGGAGACUGACCCUGAGCCGGAGAUUGUCCUGACUGGGGUGAUUCCCGAAGCCAUCCCCAUCAGCAGGGCAAGGGGAUCUAAAGCCCUGGCCACAGCCACCGUCGGUCCUUCACGCUCGGCGAAGAAGAAGAAGAAGGAGAAAGUGGUGAAGUUCCAGUCGAAAUUUGCCACCCCAAAAAUCGUCGUUGAGGAGCCUUCCACUGCCCAGCUUCUCGGCGAACCUUCGGUCCAACCAGUCUCUUUGGACGAGCAACCGGCCCAGUCUCAACAGGGGACCAGCCAGCCCAUCCACUCCGAGGAACUCUACAUCAAUGUAGAUACCCUGGAGUUCGACCAGCUGAUGGAGGCUGGUCAAGCAAACCAGCUGGCCGAGGGAGGCCACGACGAAGAGGAGGCUGCUGAAGAGUCCCUUAAAAGGAAGAGGCGGAAGACUGAAGUAGUCGACCAGCCGGCUCACCAAGCGGCCCAGUCCUCCGAUGCCGGCAAAAGGCAAAGCCAGCCCCGGUCUAUGGCUCUAAUGUCUAGAUCGGACGAAGAGCUCCUCCAAGCCUUCCGCGCCAACCUGACUGAGGUCGGUCGGAUUGGCGAGGAGUACUUCACCCGGCUGGUGAAGUCAAGGGACAAGGAAAAGGCCCGGAUGGAGGCCAUGAUGGUCGAAUGCCGGAAGGAGGCUAAGGCCGCUUUUGAGAAGGCGGCGAAGGCAGAGGAGAAGCUGAUGGACCAUUGUGCGGUCUACUGUCAGCUGUAUGCGAAGCAUGACGGUCUCCUCAAGGCCGCGAAGGAGGCCGAUGACCAAGCUCAGGCAAAGAUCCAACAGCUUGAGGCCGAGAACGCCCGGUCGGCUGAGGAAAUUGCCCGGCUCGGAGACGAGCUGGAGAAAGAGCGCUCGGAAAGGGCUCCUCUUGCUGCUGCUGCCUGGGCUGUCCAAGCGCCUGAGGAGUUUGCUGCCCAAGCACUUCCUGAACGGGAGACUGCCAUCCGCUUCUUCCAAGGUUUAUACAAGCACGAAGUCUCGGCAGGGAUCAUCAACGAGAUCGGAACCUACGGUUUCGAAAGCGGUCAGUACGAUGAACGGCGGGCUCUAUAUGGUAUCCUUGAGCAGCGGAUUCAAGGUUUUCAGCCCAAGGCUCUUUCUCUGCCUGAGCUGCAUGAUGAGGCACCAGUCGCGCCUUUCCCGGGCAUCUGUAAAUACAGCCCGGCCGCAUUUACCCGGUUUAAAAUACAAUUUUACCCAAGGCUUUUCGAAAGGCUGGGUGGUCGACUGGGAAGACUUUGAGUUUCAUUAAUUUUCUUCCGGUCGGUUAAUAACUCGCAAUGGCGUAUCGAGUAUUUGCCCUGGCGCCUUUUCACAAUCGCUUAAAGCCCUUGUGAAAAGGUAAACCUCGACUUGCCCUUUCAGAACGUCUGACUUAAACUGGCCGGGAUGCUCUCCCUUUAAUCAAGUCAAAUCGUUUUA